UAGUAGGCUGGCCGCUGCUGCUGUAGUGGUGUGUUUAUGUGUGUGUGUGUUUGCCUGCUGCCUCUCAUACACAGUUUUGCUUUGGUCGGCCUGAGCAGACAGCAGAGCUUGACGUCUGGAGAGAGGAAAACAUAGACAGGUAGCUUAGUUCGGGCAUGAAAGAAAAGAUGGAGCUCUCGGCGACGGGAGAUCGCGUUUUCGCCGCGGAAGCCAUACUGAAACGCCGCGUUCGUAAGGGAAGACUUGAAUACCUGGUAAAAUGGAAAGGAUGGGCAAUGAAGCACAGCACUUGGGAGCCAGAGGAGAAUAUUCUGGAUGACAGGCUGAUACUGGGCUUUGAGCGAAAGGAACGGGAAAGAGAAAUGCACGGGCCAAAGAAACGGGGACCAAAACCCAAAAACUUUGUCAUGAAGGCUCAUGCUCAGAAAGGAGGGACCAGCAGCCGAGCCUCAAACGCCCGCCAGACUACAUCGCGCUCUUCUUCGUCCACUUCCAGUCGAGCUACUCCUUCCUCCUCCGCCUCACCUCAUUUAGCAUCUUCGUCCUCCUCUUCCUCAACUGUGGCACCCUCUCCCAAACUCAAUUCCCUUGCAGCCACACACAAGCUGAAGAAAGACAUUCACCGCUGCCACCGGAUGUCCAGGCGCCCGCUGCCCCGCUCAGACCCCAUGGCGUCCUCCUUCUCCAACCCCGGUGGCUUCCCCUCCCGCCUGCACGUCUCACCCUUCUCCGAGACCGUCCGCAUCCUCAACCGUAGAGUCAAACCACGGGAGAUCAAGAGAGGUCGGAUCAUUCUCAACCUGAAAGUCAUUAACAAGCCAGGGAGGGGGGGUGGCACAGCUGCAGGCGGCAGGAAUCUUACAGAAGGACGCCAAAACAUCCCUUCCCGCAAUCGCAUUAUCGGGAAGAAGGGAGAUGCACCCUAUAGACCUUUUCAGCCCCCUCUGAAGAUGCUGGGGUUCCCGAUGUACGGGAAGCCGUUUGGGCUGCAGUGUGGUGGCCCUCUGUCCUUCCACUCCCACCCAGGCUCCAGCACAGGGGCCAGGAACACCCACUCUACUUCCUCCAAGCACCAGUCGCCUUCUUCUCCUUCCAGCUCUGCCUCAGCUGCUCAGUCUCAGCCUGCCACAGGAGGCUCACUUUCCAGCGAGGGUGCCAAGUCCAGUAAACCUCACACAGAGACCCAGAAGGGCCAGAGUGCCAAGCACGCUGCUACCACCCCGUCCUCCGAUGCGAACCCCUUGGCGUCGGCAUCUUCUUUCCUCCCCUCCUCACCAUCCUCUUCCUUGGAAGACGUGGAUGAGGACGAUGCCCUGGACCGUUCAACGAGCCCAGAGGGAGGCAGGAAAAGCACUCGCCAACGCAGGGCUAAACGCCAGCCUCCCGCUGCCUCUGGCACCCCUGGGGACCAGAUCUCUGCCCCCGCCGAACCCCAAAGGGUGCCUGCCGAAGGAGACCCCGACUGGCACCCUGAAAUGGCACCGAGCUGCAAGGAUGUGGUGGUCACUGAUGUCACCACCAACCUCGUCACUGUCACCAUAAAAGAGUUCCCCUCCCCUGCCUCACCCUCCGCUAGCCCUGAAAGCGCCUCCUCUCCUCCCCCGAGCACCACCUCUGACGACGUCUCUCCACCCAAGCCAUUGAUAAUGAAGUUCGUGGUGGUGCUAGUGGCAGCGGGCACCCUGGCCUUUCUCGGCGCGGUCAUCUGCAUUAUCGCCAGUGUUUAUCCCCGGAAACGCGACGCGCCUCUCAGCGACAACGGCACCCUGACAUCGGAGAAUCUGUUCGAGCCCCUGGAGCCCGGAUCGGUGGCACACGCCGGACCGCUGGGCGCUCUGCACGGCGCUGAGUCCUACGAUGGAGAGAACGGGCUCGGCGGCAUCGGCCUGGAGGUUCCCACUCUGAACGAGCUCAACCUCGGGGAGGAGACCGGCGCUGGGUCCGCGAAACAGUUCAGCUUCAGCCGAUUGAUCUGCACGCCUGUACCGGUCGGAGAAUGCAAGAGCAAAGAUCUGAGGCAGCGGCGUGGGGGACAGCAGCAGCAGCAGCAGCAGCAGCAGCAGCAAGCGGACGACCCGCUGUACGGCGCCGGGGAUGAAGACUGGACUUAUCUCCGGACCACAGCGGAGGACCUCCGUCAGAUGGUCCUGCAGCAGAACGACCAGAUCCUCAUGGACCAAAGGACCAUCCGGGAGCUCACCGGGAAGCUGAGCGAGUGUGAGAGCGGCCUGGAGGACGAGAGGAACAUCCCAGAGCGGAGCAUCGGGGUCUGGAGCGGCAACCGCCGCGUCAUGGCCGGGGAUGAUGUGAGCUCCUCCGCCGCGGCGCAGCUGCAGACGGCGCGGGCUGUGGAGGAGCUGGCCAGGGCCAUCAUGGACCUGAAGGACCGCAUUGACAAACUCGAGGCGGAGAUAGGCCCUGCUGCCUUGAACCUCACCGACACAUCUGUAGGUACAAGCAGCAGCAGCAGUGGCAGCAGCAGCCCGGCUGGUAACACCGGCAAGGCUCCCGCUCCGCCCGCCGGCAGUGCUUCCUCCCCACCUGCGGCGGCUGCCCCAGGGGGUCGCCGUCCUGCCUCCCCUGCUGCCCCUGCCCCCAAGCCCCCAUCUAAGGGCUCCCCAGUGCGUGGAAAGGGCACCUGGAGGGUGGAGGACUUGGAGGGGGAGCUGGAGAGGAAGAUAAAGAUGUUGGAGAAGGAGCGUCAGGCCAUGAGGAAGGAGACGCAGGGCCAACACGAGAAGAUCAACCAGGGCAUCGACACCGUCAACCACCGCGUCACUGAGCUGGAACACACGCUGACAGAGCCGCCGUUCCCUGAUGGCUUCAUCCUCUCCUUCCCCAUGCGAACCAACUACAUGUACGGCCUGGUGAGAAAAGAGAUCACAGAGAUGUAUGCCUUUACUGCCUGUGUGUGGCUGAAGGCCAAAGAAGGAGGCAUCGGCACCCCCUUCUCCUACUCAGUCCCGGGGCAGCCCAACGAGCUGGUGCUGCUACAGGGAGUCCACAACCCUGUGGAGCUGCUCAUCAAUGACAAGGUGGCACAGCUGCCUCUGUCUCUACCACAGGACGAGUGGCAGCACAUCUGUGUCAGCUGGACCCUGAGGGAUGGGGUGUGGAAAGCCUACCAGGGGGGGAAGAUGAAGGGGAGGGGAGAGGGACUGGCUGCCUGGCAUCCCAUCAAACCAGGAGGAGUCCUCAUACUGGGACAGGAACAGGAUACAUUGGGCGGGCAUUUCGAUGCCUCCCAGGCACUGGUCGGGGAGCUUUCCCAGUUCAACCUGUGGGAUCGGGUGUUAAAGCCAGCAGAGGUUGGCGCCCUGGCCGAUUGCAGCUCCUCAGCACUGGGCAACAUCGCCCCCUGGACGGACCAAGACGUAGAUGUGUACGGUGGUGCCACCAAGGAGUCCCUGGACCCGUGCCACGCUGCCCAGAGAUCCAACCCCUACAGCCCCAAACAGUGAGGGUUGACUGGGAGAGGUCAGCCAAUGGUGGCUGUGUUUGAUAAGUCGAUUUAGGAAACAGUGAUGUAUAACAAUGUAUCACAUUGGGGUUUAUAUUUUUGGGGGUGGGAAGCUUGCUGGUGGACUGAAAUAUGUGAUGGUGCGAUUAAGCUGUUAAGAGCGGUGUAUGUUUUGUUUUUAGUGUUGGUGUCCACGCUCAUGUGUUUACCUCUGCAGUGAGAUACACUGAGUUUAGUCACAGAAUCACCUUAGUGAAGGCUGCAUGGGUGGAUCACCUUCUGGCAUAAACGGGACACUUAUGGAAGCAUUUAGAUGAAUUAUUGGCCGUGGUUAAAUGUACCACCCUCAGUUUUAGGUAAUAAUCUGUUGGGCCAGUUAGCCUUACAUGGUUAUUCAGGCAGAGGGCUUUGAUGGGUUUGAAUCCAGUUAUGGAAUUAACCUUUAAAAAUAUAGAAAAACAUUAAAACAUAUCUAAGGGUUUCUUAGUUUACAACAAAGUGACACAAAGUUCUCAUCUUGUGUCCAGUUGGUUGUGUUUAAUUCUAAAACUGAAUUCUGAGAUGCUAUCGUGGUUAUAUUGAUUUGAACACUCAAUGGGAAACAAAAUGAGUUUUGUUCAUUUUUAACUGUAUAUGAUCCUGUUGAGUAAUGUCUCUGUACUGUUUUUUUUACAUUGCAUACCAUGAUCAUGUAAAUCAGUGGUCUUAUUAAUGUAUAUUGUGUAACGUAUCUCUGCUAAUGUUGCUCUGUACCAGUCUGCUCCCCUUGCUGUAGCCUCUCAUACACCUCACACUCCUGCAAAAUUAAGUCGCAGCAUUUUUGUUUGUGACUUAGCGCAGCAGUGCUCUCAAUCAACCUCUGGAAGAACCACUUGAUGUCUAUCUAAGCACCAAUCAGACACUGACAUUGUAACAAACCUCUGAGUGAGUUUGGUAAAACUGUGUUGUAUCCUUGAAUGUAAACCGGUUUGAAUGUAAGUAUAUUUGCAUGAGCAAAGUCACAUUUCCUGUCACUAAAGAAACAAACUCAAAAUGUGUAAAUUACAGUGUUGGUGUCCCCAAACUGCCCCACACUCUGAAGCACACAGAUGUCUAUUUGGUAAAUCAAAUCCUCACAGAAUGACAAUGACGGAGGUGUAUUAAGUGGAUUGAUUAUAUAUGUAUAUGUGUACUUAACAGUUGACUCUGUCUAGAGGUUUCAGUAGGAAAAACUUUUACUUUCAUUGUCUUAGAAAACGGAAGAACAAACAAAAUAGUAUGAGCAAAACUCGGGAUGCAUUUAUUUGUCUCCAAACUUGAUGCAUUUUUUCUCAUUCCCUGUAAAAAGGUAUGUGGCCAAAACUGCCACUUAUAACUUAAAAAAACUACAAAAGACCUAAAGCUAUGUUUACGUCAUGUAGGACUGAAGAUAGUAAAAGGAAAUAUUUCCUUGGUUGGCACUUGCAAGGUUGUUUAUCAAAAAGGAGUGUAAUUUUGCACUCUGAAUGAAGGUAGAGUUGGUAAUGUGGUGGUAAAAUAUUGAGCAUGAUCGAUACAGCAUUAAAUUAAGAUUACUGGCAGUUACCUUCAAUGAUAGACUUUCUCAGAUGCAAGCCAUCCAUGUUACUUUGAUUUUCCGGCACAAAUUAUUUACAGCACAGCCGGUUAUAUUGGACCUUUCAACUCUUUUCUAGUCAUAGUUACACUUAACUGUUAAUGUAAAUCAUAGUAAAGGAUGGUUAAAUCAAAGACAACAAUUACAGCAACUGCUGUGGUUCUUUGUUUUUACAUACAAGAAAGUUUGGAUGUGCUUAAUCUCUUGAUUCAAGUUCAAUGCAAGUUGAAAAUGGACAUCAUUGGAAUAAUGUUUAGAGAAGGUGGGACAUUGUCAGGGGAGAGGGUUUGAUUCCCACUUUGGCCAACUACACCAAACAUGUCAACACUGUGCAGUAAAGUGAACUGUAGUUCAAAUACAAAUUCACUUAUUCCCUUAAGACAUCAGCCCCACAUGUGAUUUGUCACCCAGUUGUAAAGUGCCUGCCUGCCUGGGCUCUCAUGCCCCGAAAUAAUAGUGAAAUGUUUUUAUGUUUUCUUCUUUGUCUCUUUCUUCUCCUUCUCUAUAUGACUCUCUCUCUCUCUCUCUCUCUCUCUCUCUCUCUCUCUCUCUCUCUCUCUCUCUCUCUCUCUCUCUCUCUCUCUGUCUCUGUCUUGCUUUUGGUUGUUGAAGGCUGUGACAGUGUUGCGCUUGUCCUUAUUUGGAUGAUAUUGUGAAAUAGGUGGAUACAAAAAUUUAAAAAUAAAAUGGUUAUGACAACAUUCCUGGACUCAUAGCAAACAAAAAAUGACAUCAAACGUGUGUGUGUGUGUGUGUGUGUGUGUGUGUGUGUGUGUGUGUGAGAGAGCUCACCUUAUUGUGACAGAUCUCUUUACACCUAUCAGCUCAUCUGGAUUACACCUCAACUAAGCACCUGUAGGGAUGCUGUAAACCUAACACACACACACAUACAAGUUUGUAGCCUAAUCUCAUUUAGUUGUAGUCAGAUUAGAUUGGCUGCAUCUUUUCUGUCAGAGGAAUUUGCCUUUGACGCGUGUGUGUUAAUACGCAGAUGGAGAGGUGAGUGUUCUUCAGCAGAUACCACAGAAAGUCUGCUCCUUGAUGUAGACAUAAUAGAUUACUCACAGUUUUAAUUAAAACCGUGUUGAGUCGUGACAGCUGAUCUACCCACCCCACAAAAUACACACACGUUUCUUGGCUUUUGGCUCAGCUGAACUGUGAUGUCAUGUGUAACCUCCCCACUGCCAACAUUUCACAAUAUUAUGUGUCUCACUUGUGCUUGAUUUCCUGUUUUUUCAUCUGUUUUAUGACUAAAGAAAAGAAGUGAUUAAAGUUGUGGUAUUUUAA